CCCUAUCUUUUUAAGAAAACUAUGGAAACCCAUUGUGAACCAUUGAUUAGCUUACAUCAAACUUGAUCAAAGGCCAUAAUUAUUUUGGUAUGAAUAAAAAUAAAAAGAAAUAAAAAGGACUGCCAUUUUUUACCAUCCAAGGGCAUUUUCGGAAGUGAACAUACACAUUGGGAAACAGAAACCACUGCCAUGCAGUAGCCGUCUAAUCAAAGAAGUGUAAACAAAAUUCAAAAAUUUAUCUUCUUUUCCAUUAUACUCAUUUCUCCCCUCCUGUUCAUGUUUCUCUCUCGUCCCUAACCCUAACACAAUUCAAAAGUUUUUCUUCUUUACCAUUCAAAAGAAACAUUGAAAAGCUACUCCCCAAACCCUAACACAGAAGCCGAUAGUGUCCAGCUUGGAGAAUGAGAAAGUCGUUCAUAAUCUUGUCGUCGUCGUUGAAGCUGAAACGAUUAAGGAAGAUUCAGACUUCAAGUAAAAGGACUUCGAAACACAGGUUAGGGCAAAAAAGGUCUAAGAGCCCUAGCGUUGUGAUUUUAUCCGACGAACCCAAGUCCGGACCUUCCAAACAACAAUCUGACUUUGGUCCGACCCAACGGGAGUUAGUGUAUGAUGAUACCGAUAGUGUGUCAGCAAGCCAUGGGAAAAGACGGAAAACAGGUUGUGUGGAAAGCAAACGGGGACAUAACAAAAAGCACAGUGGGAAGAAAAGCAUUGUCGGGGAUAUUUCUGGGUGUGGAAAUAAAAGAAAACGUGCAGGUGAAAGAAACAGCGCCGAUGACAAUUAUGGCAAUGUAAUGCGAAAAAACCGUGUAAGUAGGGCAGAAGUGACGGCUACAUCGAAGGGCGGGGCGUUAAGGACCAAAAAGAAGAAGGGUUCAGAUGACAAUGGGAAAGGUAAAGCAGGGAAACCAAAGGUAGUUGGUAACAAACCGGAAAAGGUUCAGAAAGCCCGUAAGCGAGCAAAAAAGGAUGAAUUUCCAGGCAUAAGGACAAGAUCUGCACCAUUGCUGUUUUAUAAGUGUGUACGGGCAUUGACAGAACAACAACGUGACGCAGUCAGGGAAAUGGGCUUUGGACGUUUGCUAACUUUCAGCAUUGAUGGUUUGCCGGCUAAGUUAGGUUAUUUUGUUGUGGACAAUUUUAAUCCAGAUAAGAUGGUGAUAUGUACGCCUGCCGGUGAUAUCAAGGUGAACAGGAAAGUGAUACAUAAGUUAUUAGGGAUUCCGACUGGUGGACAAAAGUUUAGUUCGAUUGGUAAGCUGCCGAUGCUGACUGAUGCCAUUGCGGAUUGGAGGGCGAGAUACCCGGGGGCAAUGGUGCCUCCAACAAAGAUGGUGAAAAUGAUAGAUGAGUCCGAUGGCGAAGACAGUUUUGAUUUCAGGAUGGAUUUUGUAAUGUGUUUUGUGGCAGUGCUGGUUGAUUGUUAUAAACAAAGUUGUUUACGGGAAGAAAUCUUGGAGUAUCUGGAUGAAGAAAUGGACUUUGCAACAAUAGACUGGUGUGACCUUGUUGUAGAAAAGCUGAGAACUUGCAAGGAUACCUGGAAUCGGCUUGACCCACAAAGUUUCUUCGUCGGUCCUCUAGCGAUUCUGAUGUUGUUGUACGUUGAUAGCAUUGAGUGCACGGGGAUGGAGGUAGACAGUGCGGUGUGUCAUUUAGCUUUUUGGAACUUGAAAAGAUUGAGAGAGAGAGAAAGGCUUUAAAUCCUUGCUGGUGGGUUUGGAACAGGACGGUUUAAAGGAUUAACACGUCCCAGAAACUAUAACGUGGAACACUGGGCAACUAAAGAGGAGAGGUUGACGAUAGUACGACAGUUAAUAUGCGUGACAAAGAAGAACAAAGUCAAAAUUGAGGGUAUGUUAGAAUCGCUAUUGGUGGAGAGCCAUGAAGACGAAGAAGUACAAGCGUUGAAGGCAACGUUUGAAAGUAUGUUUGAGAAGAAAGUUAGUGAAAGGGAGGAUCACGAUGACGCGGUAGAUUUAGCGUCACACAAGAUCAAUUCGGUCUUGGGAGAUUUGAGAAAUGAUGAAAGGUUUCACAUCAACGAAGGAGAGAACGCUGGGGAUGGCAUGGACGACGAUUUUUCGGAUGGGUCACCAAUAGCAAGCUUGUACAGGAAGUCGCUUAUCCGGCAAAACAAAAAAAUCAGUAAAAGUAGAUUGAAAGCUGUAGGAUCUUCAGCAAUAGACUUUGAUGCCUAAGAAGCUGAUGUUGCGGGCCAAUCAUUCGUAGAUGAUGGUGGAGAAGACUAUGCUGAAAAGAUGGAAGAUGGUGGAAAGUCGGGUCUGGUGCGGAGAUCUGCAAGACUUGAGAAGUUAAAGCAUGUUAGUAAGGCAGAAGAAGGGUUUGUGACCCCAAAAAGAAGAAA